UAGCAGUUGGCAUUAGUUAUACUGCUGAAAUCGUUUGCGUCUCACAAUUUACAUCACAAGUAAAAGCGGUGUGGUUGAUUAACUCAAAGCUAUGCUUUUGGAUGGGAAAAGAUCUGUCCUGAAAACUCACUAUGACAUUCUAUCAGUGAAGGAGGAUGCAGAUUAUGAAGAGAUUCACGCAAACUACAAGAGAGCUGCCCUUAAAUCCCAUCCUGAUAAAACGCGAGCAACAACUGAGGCCUCUGAGAUUCAACAUGAAUCACUAGAAACAUUUCUAGUGGUGCAAAAAGCCUGGGAAAUCUUGAGUGACUCGAAGACCCGUGGAAUUUACGAUCGUGAAUUGAGGGAUUCAAGACGAGAUACAGAAACUGCUGAAGAUGUUAGUUUAGAGGAGAUGAUGGUGGAAGAAGCUGGUGAGGUCCUGGAACUCUUUUAUGAAUGCAGGUGUGGCGAUUAUUUUUCCAUUGAUUCAGUUGAACUUGGAGAGAUGGGCUAUUCUUUGGGCAGGGAUGAGAGUAAGAUAUUUAUACGCAGACGUGAUUCGAUACCGGCCACUGUUAUACUUCCUUGUGGGUCGUGUUCUCUUAAAAUCCGUCUUACAAUCACCACUGGUUCAUAGUCAUUUCUUACUCAUGUAACAUAUUCAGUAUACGUGUCAAUCAUGCAGUAACGCAUCCCCUUUGAAUGUCAUUGCCUUAUUAUCCUUUUCUUUUUCUUCCUUUCUUAAUGUCAAUUUAUUCGGCGAUGUACUUUCCUGCUCUGGUCCCAAUAUUGUACUUACAAGCAGCACAGCGGUUUGCAUCAAUGAAAUCAUAUAUUCUCC